AUGUAUUGGAGAAGCUUGUUCGCUCCGCUUUUCCUCUGGGUUCUCACGUACGCUGCUGAUAUCACUCAAGAUACAGUAGUCGUGAGCCCAGUCAAUUUGCAACUAGGAGAUGUUCAUGUUUAUCCCGACGUAUAUUACUCUAUUGUCAACAAUUUGAUGAGUACAAUAGCAGGCAGUCUCCAAGUUGAUACUGGCGGAGCUUUUUAUGUAACUGCUACUAAUCUGUUAGCAGCUUCUGUUGCCUUGGUGUCGGGCACAGUUCUCAACAACGGUGAUGUUGCUUUCAAUUCUACGCGUUCUACAUUCGCUAGCACAACAUACAACAUCGUUUCCAUCGCAAGUUUUGUAAACAAUGGUAAUAUGUGGUUUGGUAUGACGGGAUAUUCUUUGGCUACCCCUAUUAUUCUAGGAGCUACAACGACGCUCAUCAACACCGGAAAGAUAUACAUGAGACAAGAGCAAGGCAAUCCUUCCUCAGUUUCCAUUACUACACCUUUGGGAACCGCCCAAAAUGAUGGAACUAUUUGUAUUUACAAUUUGGGCUGGACUCAAACAACGUAUGUUCUGGGAUCUGGGUGCAUCAAUGUUAUGGACCACUCUACUUUCGAUUUGAGUUAUGUCUGGAGCAUCGCACCAACUCAAAGAAUUUACUUGUCAACCCCAUCCUCAGUUUUGUCACUUACGGGGUUUACUAGUAAUUUGAAUGGCGCCAGAACGUAUCUCAUUUCUGGAUUUGAGAAUGGAAACAUCAUCAAAGUGAAUCUUCGUUUUUCCAGUUUCCAGUAUACUGCCGAUACCGGAAUAUUAAGUCUUACAUUCCUUCCCGGAUUAAGUGUUGAUUUGAACAUCGGAACUGGAUAUAAUUCAAACCUCUUCCAGACCAAUAAGGUUCUUGUCACUGCUGAUGAAAUUUGGUAUACUGGAACAACAUCCAAUUCUGUACCCGACAUUUGUUUCUGUGAAGAAUUUCCAGACCCUCCAGUCGAAGAGCUCAGUUCUUCAGCUAUAGAGUCAUCUUCUACCGAGACCACCGAAGAGUCCAGUGCUACCGACGAGUCCAGUAGUGGUUCUGAGGAGUCAUCCUCUACCGACACUACCGACGAGUCCAGUGCUACCGACGAGUCCAGUGCAACCGAAGAAUCGAGUACAGCCACUGAGGAGUCAUCCUCUACCGACACUACCGACGAGUCCAGUGCUACCGACGAGUCCAGUGCAACCGAAGAAUCUAGUACAGCCACUGAGGAGUCAUCCUCUACCGACACUACCGACGAGUCCAGUGCUACCGACGAGUCCAGUGCUACCGCAGAGUCCAGUGCUACCGAAGAAUCGAGUACAGCCACUGAGGAGUCAUCCUCUACCGACACUACCGACGAGUCCAGUGCUACCGACGAGUCCAGUGCAACCGAAGAAUCGAGUACAGCCACUGAGGAGUCAUCCUCUACCGACACUACCGACGAGUCCAGUGCUACCGACGAGUCCAGUGCAACCGAAGAAUCUAGUACAGCCACUGAGGAGUCAUCCUCUACCGACACUACCGACGAGUCCAGUGCUACCGACGAGUCCAGUGCAACCGAAGAAUCGAGUACAGCCACUGAGGAGUCAUCCUCUACCGACACUACCGACGAGUCCAGUGCUACCGACGAGUCCAGUGCUACCGCAGAGUCCAGUGCUACCGAAGAAUCUAGUACAGCCACUGAGGAGUCAUCCUCUACCGACACUACCGACGAGUCCAGUGCUACCGACGAGUCCAGUGCUACCGCAGAGUCCAGUGCUACCGACGAGUCCAGCGCAACCGAAGAAUCUAGUACAGCCACUGAGGAGUCAUCCUCUACCGACACUACCGACGAGUCCAGUGCUACCGACGAGUCCAGUGCAACCGAAGAAUCUAGUACAGCUACUGAGGAGUCUACUACCAGUGAAACUUCAGAAUCUGCCUCUCAUAAUGGUGUCCUUACCGAGUACACCACUACUUGGACUACCACCAAUCCUGACGGGUCUGUUGAGACCGACUCAGGAGUUGUGAUUGUUACUACAGAUUCUGCAGGUUCUUUGACAACCACGACCUCCAUUUUCCCACAGGCAAACGAUGCUACUGAGUACACCACUACUUGGACUACCACCAACCCUGACGGGUCUGUUGAGACCGACUCGGGAGUUGUGAUUGUUACUACAGAUUCUGCAGGUUCUUUGACAACCACCACCUCCAUUUUCCCACAGGCAAACGAUGCUACUGAGUACACCACUACUUGGACUACCACCAACCCUGACGGGUCUGUUGAGACCGACUCAGGAGUUGUGAUUGUUACUACAGAUUCUGCAGGUUCUUUGACAACCACCACCUCCAUUUUCCCACAGGCAAACGAUGCUACUGAGUACACCACUACUUGGACUACCACCAACCCUGACGGGUCUGUUGAGACCGACUCAGGAGUUGUGAUUGUUACUACAGAUUCUGCAGGUUCUUUGACAACCACCACCUCCAUUUUCCCACAGGCAAACGAUGCUACUGAGUACACCACUACUUGGACUACCACCAACCCUGACGGACGGACCGACUCAGGAGUUGUGAUUGUUACUACAGAUUCUGCAGGUUCUUUGACAACCACGACCUCCAUUUUCCCACAGGCAAACGAUGCUACUGAGUACACCACUACUUGGACUACCACCAACCCUGAUGGGUCUGUUGAGACCGACUCGGGAGUUGUGAUUGUUACUACAGAUUCUGCAGGUUCUUUGACAACUACUACUUCAUCGUUCCCACGUAGCCUUGAAGCCGGUGAGUACACCACUACUUGGACUACCACCAAUCCUGACGGGUCUGUUGAGACCGACUCGGGAGUUGUGAUUGUUACUACAGAUUCUGCAGGUUCUUUGACAACCACGACCUCCAUUUUCCCACAGGCAAACGAUGCUACUGAGUACACCACUACUUGGACUACCACCAACCCUGACGGGUCUGUUGAGACCGACUCAGGAGUUGUGAUUGUUACUACAGAUUCUGCAGGUUCUUUGACAACCACCACCUCCAUUUUCCCACAGGCAAACGAUGCUACUGAGUACACCACUACUUGGACUACCACCAAUCCUGACGGGUCUGUUGAGACCGACUCAGGAGUUGUGAUUGUUACUACAGAUUCUGCAGGUUCUUUGACAACCACGACCUCCAUUUUCCCACAGGCAAACGAUGCUACUGAGUACACCACUACUUGGACUACCACCAAUCCUGACGGGUCUGUUGAGACCGACUCGGGAGUUGUGAUUGUUACUACAGAUUCUGCAGGUUCUUUGACAACCACGACCUCCAUUUUCCCACAGGCAAACGAUGCUACUGAGUACACCACUACUUGGACUACCACCAACCCUGACGGGUCUGUUGAGACCGACUCAGGAGUUGUGAUUGUUACUACAGAUUCUGCAGGUUCUUUGACAACCACGACCUCCAUUUUCCCACAGGCAAACGAUGCUACUGAGUACACCACUACUUGGACUACCACCAACCCUGACGGGUCUGUUGAGACCGACUCGGGAGUUGUGAUUGUUACUACAGAUUCUGCAGGUUCUUUGACAACUACUACUUCAUCGUUCCCACGUAGCCUUGAAGCCGGUGAGUACACCACUACUUGGACUACCACCAAUCCUGAUGGGUCUGUUGAGACCGACUCGGGAGUUGUGAUUGUUACUACAGAUUCUGCAGGUUCUUUGACAACCACCACCUCCAUUUUCCCACAGGCAAACGAUGCUACUGAGUACACCACUACUUGGACUACCACCAAUCCUGACGGGUCUGUUGAGACCGACUCGGGAGUUGUGAUUGUUACUACAGAUUCUGCAGGUUCUUUGACAACCACCACCUCCAUUUUCCCACAGGCAAACGAUGCUACUGAGUACACCACUACUUGGACUACCACCAACCCUGAUGGGUCUGUUGAGACCGACUCGGGAGUUGUGAUUGUUACUACAGAUUCUGCAGGUUCUUUGACAAUUACUACUUCAUCGUUCCCACGUAGCCUUGAAGCCGGUGAGUACACCACUACUUGGACUACCACCAAUCCUGACGGGUCUGUUGAGACCGACUCGGGAGUUGUGAUUGUUACUACAGAUUCUGCAGGUUCUUUGACAACCACCACCUCCAUUUUCCCACAGGCAAACGAUGCUACUGAGUACACCACUACUUGGACUACCACCAACCCUGACGGGUCUGUUGAGACCGACUCGGGAGUUGUGAUUGUUACUACAGAUUCUGCAGGUUCUUUGACAACCACCACCUCCAUUUUCCCACAGGCAAACGAUGCUACUGAGUACACCACUACUUGGACUACCACCAACCCUGACGGGUCUGUUGAGACCGACUCAGGAGUUGUGAUUGUUACUACAGAUUCUGCAGGUUCUUUGACAACCACGACCUCCAUUUUCCCACAGGCAAACGAUGCUACUGAGUACACCACUACUUGGACUACCACCAACCCUGACGGGUCUGUUGAGACCGACUCAGGAGUUGUGAUUGUUACUACAGAUUCUGCAGGUUCUUUGACAACCACGACCUCCAUUUUCCCACAGGCAAACGAUGCUACUGAGUACACCACUACUUGGACUACCACCAACCCUGAUGGGUCUGUUGAGACCGACUCGGGAGUUGUGAUUGUUACUACAGAUUCUGCAGGUUCUUUGACAACUACUACUUCAUCGUUCCCACGUAGCCUUGAAGCCGGUGAGUACACCACUACUUGGACUACCACCAAUCCUGACGGGUCUGUUGAGACCGACUCGGGAGUUGUGAUUGUUACUACAGAUUCUGCAGGUUCUUUGACAACCACCACCUCCAUUUUCCCACAGGCAAACGAUGCUACUGAGUACACCACUACUUGGACUACCACCAACCCUGACGGGUCUGUUGAGACCGACUCGGGAGUUGUGAUUGUUACUACAGAUUCUGCAGGUUCUUUGACAACCACCACCUCCAUUUUCCCACAGGCAAACGAUGCUACUGAGUACACCACUACUUGGACUACCACCAACCCUGACGGGUCUGUUGAGACCGACUCAGGAGUUGUGAUUGUUACUACAGAUUCUGCAGGUUCUUUGACAACUACUACUUCAUCGUUCCCACGUAGCCUUGAAGCCGGUGAGUACACCACUACUUGGACUACCACCAACCCUGAUGGGUCUGUUGAGACCGACUCAGGAGUUGUGAUUGUUACUACAGAUUCUGCAGGUUUUUUGACAACCACCACCUCCAUUUUCCCACAGGCAAACGAUGCUACUGAGUACACCACUACUUGGACUACCACCAACCCUGACGGGUCUGUUGAGACCGACUCAGGAGUUGUGAUUGUUACUACAGAUUCUGCAGGUUCUUUGACAACCACGACCUCCAUUUUCCCACAGGCAAACGAUGCUACUGAGUACACCACUACUUGGACUACCACCAAUCCUGACGGGUCUGUUGAGACCGACUCGGGAGUUGUGAUUGUUACUACAGAUUCUCAGGGGUCGGCAUUUACCACUACUUCUACAUUUCCUCAUAGUCUUGGUCCAGGUGUGUACACCACUACGUGGGUUACGACUAAAUCGGACGAUUCCGUUGAGACCAAUUCUGGUGUUGUUAUUGUCAGUACCGACUCCGCAGGAUCUUUGUAUACCACGACUUCUCAGUUUGCAGAAACCACUGGUCUUGUCAUUUGUCGCAGAGAUGAAGAAGAUUGCGUAUCAUUGACUUCCUAUCUUACCACCUGGACUACAACAAAUUCGUACGGUUCUGUUGAGACUGAUUCGGGAAUAGUGAUUGUUACCACGGAUGCAGCUGGAUCCUUGUACACCACGACGUCCCAAUUUGUUGGAGGUGCGGCUACCGAAUACACCACCACUUGGACAACUACAGAUGCAAAUGGAUCUGUUCAGACUAAGUCAGGAGUAGUGAUUGUUACCACGAAUGCAGCUGGGUCCUUGUACACCACGACAUCCCAGUUCUUAGCUGGGGGACUUUCGGAGUACACCACCACUUGGACAACUACAGAUGCAAAUGGAUCUGUUCAGACUAAGUCAGGAGUAGUGAUUGUUACCACGAAUGCAGCUGGGUCCUUGUACACCACGACGUCCCAAUUUGUUGGAGGUGCGGCUACCGAAUACACCACCACUUGGACAACUACAGAUGCAAAUGGAUCUGUUCAGACUAAGUCAGGAGUAGUGAUUGUUACCACGAAUGCAGCUGGGUCCUUGUACACCACGACAUCCCAGUUCUUAGCUGGGGGACUUUCGGAGUACACCACCACUUGGACAACUACAGAUGCAAAUGGAUCUGUUCAGACUAAGUCAGGAGUAGUGAUUGUUACCACGAAUGCAGCUGGGUCCUUGUACACCACGACGUCCCAAUUUGUUGGAGGUGCGGCUACCGAAUACACCACCACUUGGACAACUACAGAUGCAAAUGGAUCUGUUCAGACUAAGUCAGGAGUAGUGAUUGUUACCACGAAUGCAGCUGGGUCCUUGUACACCACGACAUCCCAGUUCUUAGCUGGGGGACUUUCGGAGUACACCACCACUUGGACAACUACAGAUGCAAAUGGAUCUGUUCAGACUAAGUCAGGAGUAGUGAUUGUUACCACGAAUGCAGCUGGGUCCUUGUACACCACGACGUCUCAGUUUGCUGGAAUAGUUACCUACUAUGUCACCACAUGUGUGACAACUAAGUCCGAUGGGUCUGUUGAAACUGACUCUGGAGUUGUUAUAGUGAGCACGGAUAAAGAGGGAUCUUUGCAUACAUCAACAUCAUUAUUUGACUUUAGAGUCACCACUCGUGCAACUGCGUGGACUACAACGCUUGUUGAAAGCGUCGCUACGACUGUAUCCGCUGAAAUCAUAAUUUCGACGGACGAGGCUGGAAAGUGGUUUACAACAACCUUUUUCUCUGACAAGGGUAAGUUGACAGCAUUGACAACUAAUGAUGAAUAUGGUGAAGUGAAAACUCACAUUGUUGUUGUGAAGCCUACGAACGAUGCCGAAGGCAACAUUGUUUUAACCACUGUUGAAAACAGAACAGACGCCGCAGAAACAGUUGUACUUUAUAUGACAACUCGUACUGACGGACUAGUUGAGACAGUUGCUAAUUUGGCAACAAGCACCGAUGUUGCGGUGACUCCAUUGCCAAAGUCCUCUGGUGUAACUGAAAAUGACACGUCUGGAUCUGCCUCGGGUGGUAUUUCCAGUGCUCAAAACUCUAUUAUUGAAGGAGCUGGCUCUUCAAAAUCUUUCAGCCUUGGUGCAAUGAUUGGUCUUAUUGCAUUUGCAUUGGUAUAA